AUGCUGACCCGCACUGUUAUCAAUCCCUGCGACCUUGCGCUCUCCUCGCUCCCCUGCCGCUCAGCUCGCGCACUCGCCCCUCCUCCCGCCGCGGCUCUCGUCGCGCGGCCGUGCGGCGAGUCCGCCAUCAAGCCAUGGCGUCCGUCGUUCAACGAUUCUCUGAAGCGGUACGGCGGUCAAGUCGCGAUCAAGACGCGGCUCCGCGUGCUGCCGCGCGCUAGCGCGACCCGCGAGCAACCGCUUCAAAGCCCGCAGAGCCCGCAAACGCCGGAGCCGGGGGAGAUUCAAUUCACCGCAGAGCGCACCGUCUUAAUUCCCUGCCCGCAGGUUCGCGUGCCGGCCGCAGCUCCUGGAGCAUCCGCCGGCAACGCGGAACGGCCAGCCGUCAGGGCUGCCGGCAGCGUUGCCGGUGACCGGUCGAUAGUGAGCGUGGACGAGUACUUGGCGGAGAAUACGGAGCGGAUAGUGCGCGUGGUGUUUCCGGACUCGAAGCGGCUGAUGCGGCUGGAUGCGGACCUAUGGCGGGUGUCAAUGCUGCAGCUAACGUUCUUUAGUAUAACUGCGACGCCAAUCUGCCUUCUAAGAGUGUAUCAUGACGGCACGUCUCUGCGUCUCUUCUCCAACCAGCUACAGCUGGACUUCAUAGGCGCACCCGCCGCCAUGCAGAACAUUCCCUUCCGCCUCUUCCUCGACGGCCAGCUCACGCCCUCCCACUCCGCCUCCCCAUCCUCUUCCCCUCACUCCUCCUCAUCCUCCUACGAAGAUUCUUCUGCUGGUUUCGCCUCUGACUCUGCAGAUUGCCUUCUGGGUGGUUCAGUGAACCUGGCCUUUGCCGUGCGGCUGCCCAUGCCACUCUCUCUGAUUCCCAAGCCUGCGGUGGAGGCGGUAGGGAAUGCUCUCAUGGACGGGGUUUUAGCUGUGAUGCAGGCCAGCCUUCUCAAUGGCCUUGUGGAGGAUUAUACGAUAUGGGCGACGGAGGAGGCGAAGGAGAGGGCUGGUGGUGGUGGGGGACCAUGGGCGGAUGGGGUUCCUGCAACCAUGGGUCAGCCUGGAGGUUUUGGAAGGGACGGGGCUUGA